CGCGGAUGGCCGUUUUUUCCGUCACUCCCCGCGGAGGCGAGGGCGAGUGAUGUGAGGGGGUUCGGUAGCGCAAUGCUAUUGGCUGGGACGGUUUAGAGUGAAGUGGGGCUCCCCCUCCCCCAAUCUACUUUUCUGGGCGCUGCUUUACGUCGGUUAGGAUUGGUUACCCCAAUACAGCGCUGCAGACGGGAAAGCGAGGCGUUGAACGCGAGGAGGACCGCGCGAGCUGUCCAGGGUGGCUGAAGUGAGCUGAGGGGAGAACUGUGCCCUUUUCGCGGGCACGGCUGCGCCUGAAAUGCAGCUGACUGAGCCACAGAUACAGACCUUCAUCCUACUUCUGAACAUUUAAAUGAUGUUUGUCAAGGAUCUCCUUUACUUGCUAAUAAAGAAGAGUACUACAAUUUAUUAACUCCAAAUUGUUAAUACACUAACUGGGACGUUCUUGUGAAAGCACUUCUUAUCCUAGUGGUUUUUCUGCAUGCAACAUACUUGCUAUUUUUUUUUCUACUCGUAAUGCAACUUGAUGGAAGAAAAUGUUUUGUUAAACAUGUGUGAAGGUCGUUCAUUUCAUGUUCGCUACAGAAUGGAAGCCUCUUGCCUGGAGCUUGCCUUGGAAGGGGAACGAUUGUGUAAAGCAGGAGACUGUCAAGCUGGUGUAUCUUUCUUUGAAGCUGCAGUACAGGUCGGAACAGAAGACUUAAAAACCCUCAGUGCGAUUUACAGCCAGCUGGGCAAUGCCUAUUUCUACUUGCAUGAAUAUACAAAAGCUUUGGAAUAUCAUCACCAUGAUUUAACCCUUGCAAGGACCAUUGGGGACCAGCUAGGAGAAGCUAAAGCAAGUGGUAACUUGGGAAAUACCUUAAAGAUCCUUGGGAAUUAUGAAGAAGCAAUUGUCUGUUGUCAGAGGCACCUCGACAUUUCCAGAGAUCUAAGUGACAAGGUUGGAGAAGCAAGAGCACUCUAUAACCUGGGAAAUGUAUAUCAUUCCAAGGGUAAAAGUGUAGCCUGUGCAGGUACUCAUGAUCCAGGGGAAUUUCCAGAAGAUGUUAAAGCUGCAUUGCGGAAAGCUGCAGAUUAUUAUGAGGAGAACUUGACAAUUGUAUCAGAGCUAAGUGAUAGAGCUGCUCAAGGACGUGCCUAUGGAAACCUGGGGAAUACUCAUUAUCUUCUGGGCAACUUCAGGAAUGCUGUUAUUGCCCAUGAACAGCGCCUUUUAAUUGCAAAAGAAUUUGGUGAUAGAGCUGCAGAAAGAAGAGCAUACAGCAAUCUUGGAAAUGCCUAUAUUUUCCUUGGAGAAUUUGAAACUGCUGCAGAAUACUACAAGAAGACAUUGCAGCUUGCCAGGCAACUUACAGACAGGGCUGUAGAAGCACAAGCUUGUUACAGUCUUGGAAAUACAUAUACUUUACUUCAAGACUAUGAAAAGGCCAUAGAUUAUCAUCUGAAGCACUUGGCAAUUGCUGAAGAACUGAAUGAUAGAAUUGGUGAAGGAAGAGCAUGCUGGAGUUUGGGGAAUGCAUACACAGCACUGGGGAAUCAUGAUCAAGCUAUGCAUUAUGCAGAAAAACAUUUAGACAUUUCGAGAGAGGUGGGAGAUAAAACUGGAGAACUAACAGCUAAACUUAACCUGUCAGAUCUUCAAAUGGUGCUUGGUUUAAGUUUCAGCACAAACAACUCAAUGAUGUCAGAAAAUCAUGUUCCGGAUAAUGGCUUGAACGGCACUAGACCACGAGCAGGACGCCGCCACAGUAUGGAAAACAUGGAACUUAUGAAGUUAACCCCUGAAAAGGUUCAGGACUGGAACAGCGAAAUUCUGGCCAAACAGAAACCACUAGUUCCCAAACCUUCAGCAAAACUAUAUUUUGUAAAUCGGUUAAAAGGGAAAAAAUACAAAAACAUCACUUCUUCCAAAGUCCUUCAGGAUGCUAGCAAUUCUAUUGACCAUCGACUAAGUUCACAGAAGAAAAGCAGCCCUGAUGUGCCUGGAGAUGAAGGGUUCUUUGACUUGCUAAGCCGAUUUCAGAGCAACAGAAUGGAUGAUCAGAGAUAUUGUUUCCAGGAUAGGAACAGACUGGCAGCGACAGCAUCUUCUACACCAUCCAGAACAAUGAAAAAAUCCUUUUCAGCUUCCAUGGUCUCGCCCCACACAGAUGAAUUUCUAGAUUUACUUGCUAACUCUCAGAGUAGACGUCUAGAUGAUCAGCGAGCCAGUGCCAGCAAUUUACCAGGACUUCGUCUUAAUCAGCAUAAUAGUCGGUCAGUCCUUGGGCGGUUGAUGGCAAACAACAACAGCGAACCAGAUGAUGACUUCUUUGACAUCUUGAUAAAAUGCCAGGGAUCAAGACUAGAUGAUCAGAGAUGUGCGCCACCACCAAACAUUACAAAAGGACCAACUGUACCUGAUGAAGAUUUCUUUAGCCUUAUUUUGAGAUCACAGGGUAAGAGAAUGGAUGAACAGAGAGUGUUUCUACCAUCUGGUUUGAAGAGACCAAAUUCUACCUAAGAGACUUCUUGGAAACCACUCAAAAGAAUAAAAACAUCAGGGGAUUACAUAGUACUGUAAAACUCUUUUUUUAUAUGCAGGAAACAAUGCCUUUAAGGGAAAAAUAUAAAACAUUUGGGAUAUUCAAAAUACUAUGUAAAUUUACAUAAUUUAUGGUACAGUCUUUGCUACCACUGCUUGAAAUCAGGUGUCUUUGUUUGUAGAAAAUCAGCUACAUAGCGCAUUGCUUCUAUUUUCUUUCUGUAAAUAUAUUAUUUUUGUUUCUUAAUGGUGGUAGUGCCUAAGGUACUUUUGUCACAAGCUCGUGAAAAAAAUUAUGCUAAAAUGAUGUAAUUAGACAGGAAAGCUGUAGAAUUAGCCUCAAUGGUUUUUCUAACUUUUACAGUCUAAAAGCUUCUAAACUUAUUGUUGUUGUUUUUUAAAAAAACUUGAGAAAAUAAAUCUUAAUACUGGCUAAA